ACCUUAAAUAUUGAUUGGCUCCGAUAGGCUAGUCUGAGUCUCCCUGGAAACAGAGCUAUUGAGGGUAGACUUUGCCCUGCGUGUAACGUUUAUGGAACAGAGCUGCAUUGAAGCCGAGAGUGAAAGUUAUAUAAACUCUUAUCAGGUUCCCAUUGUUGAAAGCUCACAUGGAGAGGCCAGCGGUGGAAAACGGGGACCAGCUUCCCCCUCCUUACAACCCCACAUACCCCCAACCCUACACCAACGGAGCCAGGAAUGUCGGAGAGGCAGGAAUUUCGACAGUCAGUUAUAAUGUCGGAGCAGCAGACGGGAUGCCCCCAGAAUACACACAGUGCUUUGAGGAUGUUAACUGCUUCUCUGAAGCCUCAGUCAGACGAGGUUUCAUCAGAAAGGUUUACCUCACCCUUAUGGUUCAGUUGCUGAUAACAGUUGGAAUAAUCUGUGCAUUCCUCUAUUGGGAGACCCUGAAACUGUGGGUUCUACGCACCAGUUGGUUCGCCUACACCAUGAUGGGAACAACACUAGCUCUUGUCAUUGUACUUGCCUGCUGUGGUGAUGUACGGCGAAAGGUUCCCCUGAACUUCAUCUUCCUCGGGCUGUUUACUGUUGCAGAGGGUAUGCUACUUGGAUCAGUGACUGUGUUCUUUAAUGCUGAGGCUGUUCUUUGGGCAGUAGGAGCCACUGCCUUUGUGUCCUUUGGCUUGAGUAUAUUUGCAAUGCAGUCUAAGUGGGACUUCACAAAUGUCACUGGAAGCAUUUGGGUACUCUGCUGGACUCUGUUCUCAUUCGGGUUACUCUGUGCUAUCAUGAGAUCCCAGUUUCUGUACAUUGCUUAUGCAUCACUGGGGACGUUGGUCUUCUCUAUUUACCUGGUGAUGGACACACAGCUAAUGCUGGGCGGGAAACACAAAUACACUCUCAGUGCGGAGGAAUAUAUUUUCGCUGCACUGAACCUUUACCUAGACAUUGUAACACUAUUCCUGCUGAUACUUCAGCUGAUCGGACUCUGUCGUUAACAUAAACGAUAAUCUACGAGACCAAACAAGACCAAAAAGAAAGUUUGGUAAAAUCCCUGCACUCUACAUCCUGCACUCUACAUCAGCUCUGCACUACUGUGAUUGUGCAUUUAUUUUUGCACAGAAAAUCUCCUUUAUAAAGUACAUUUAUUUAUAAAAUUACAUACAUACAUUGACCCUAGACUACAUGCUACCUUUUACCUCAGGGAUUUUUGUUGAUGCAUAAUAAACCUAUAAAUUAGAGAAUCAGAGAAAUUAUUUACACACAGUGUCUCAAAACUCCUUAUUGUAAUGCCCUUAUUAUCUGUUUUCCAUCUCUAUGUACUGAACUGAUUAUCUAAUAAAAACAGUAUGAAAAGAAAAAAAUAUUCACACACAGCUAUAUGAUUAGACAGACAGACGUACAUAAAGACAGACAUAUAGAUAGAUAGAUAGAUAGAUAGAUAGAUAGAUAGAUAGAUAGAUAGAUAGAUAGAUAGAUAGAUAGAUAGGUUGACUGACUGACUGACAGACAGACAGACAGACAGAUAUGAAUAAACACAUUAUAAAUUCAAACUCAUUUAUCUGUUUAUCUGUUUACAUUUAUGUCAUUUGGCCCUCCAGAGAAAUGUACAAAAUGCUUUGAAUGUUUUAUCAAUCAAUAAAUAAAUCAACGCUGGCUCAC